AUGCAUCUCUUUACACCCAAUCACGUGCACUUAAUUGCUGCAUGUUAUCCUCCCUCUUCUUCUCUGUUGACUGCUGGCCCAGAGUAUCGCCCAAAUGCACAGGAGGUUUCUAGACUUACCUAUUAUGCUGCAAACCGCCCCGGAAAAAUAAAUAAACUUGGCAGCGAGCUCGAAAAGCGCGUUAGAACUGAGUGUACUAAAGCGCAGUCAGGGAAUGUUCGUGUCAGAGCACUUCUUCUUAUCACGCUUUCUAUCAUACGAGCGCUGACCACAGAAUGUCGCCGCGACAUUUCCCUCCUCUCUCCCUCUAUCGUCGCGUGUAUCAGGAUAACAGUUGAUGCACUCUCUUCGGACUUGGAGGUUUGUGCUAGAGCUGCCAGUGUGUUUACUGCUUGGUGCACUUACACGGACGGCCACGUGAUUGGCUCAGACGCAACGUUAACAGAGAAUUAUAUAUCUAUCCUCCGCAAAUUUUCCUCUCAAAGCAUAAUAGAGAUAAAGUCAGUUGAUCAUGAGCUAACAAACCGUACUCGUAUGGUUGGACUAACUGCUCUUACCGGUGCAGUAAACUCAGAAGCACUGUAUAGCUCGUCCAGUCAAUUCAAGCCACAAGUGACCUCGAUCAUUCACCCCCUAUUGUUUCAUUUACUCAACGCCGACUUGUCCACUCUUGACGACAGAGCAAAAGUCAUAAAAGAGAAUCCGUCAUCGCCUUACUUGGCCGAAUUUCGAACACGUCCUCCUCUAGAGAGACGUGCAGCAUCUAUACAUCUACAUGUUGACGGAGAAAGUGGCCCUUCUUCCGGUGAUGUGCUAGAGUCAUGCCUUCGAGCAUUUUCGCACCUCUUGCAACAUUCCAAUGGUGGUCAAAUUAGUCAUAUAAUGCUUGCAGCAUUUGAAAGUCUGGAUGCACUAAAAGGUUGGGAGCGUCUAGAACAAUGCCGCUGGUUUGCCCAGAAAACUUGUGAAUGGACGCAAUAUCAGUAUCGCUAUGCUGUGCCAUCGCAGCUUGUCGAACGUCUACUUUCCACACAGGACCUGCCCGUCUCAACACCGCAACAAAGCACUUUGGCGGCAAUGGUGACGACUGUGUUUACAUCUCCAGUGCCCCUCGUAAAUCUAUCUACAUCCGACAUUGUCUCAAACCUCACCACGCUGGUCUCUCGUCGCGUCGGUGUUGACCCCGAGGAUGCUUUACUACCUGCUUUGAUAGAGUGCAUCGCAUCAUUAGGAACUCACGUUUAUUACUCUGACCAAAUCCAAGACCUAGCAGGCGACCUAAUUGGCAAAAUUGUUGCAAUAGAAACACAGGGUCUGUCAGGUCGAGAUAGGAGUCGCAAUGAUAAAAGCCGUGGUCAGGCAAUAAGGUGUUUACUGGCAGGUUUAUUAGGCCUAAUGCAGGCCGCUGACAACCACGAGCAUGUGGAACGCAGCGACGAAAAGGAACAGAGCUGCGCCCAGGAUGGAUCGGAUCUUCCAAGGAAAACUGUUGGCGUACCAUCUCAAGAUCCACAUACAAGAAUCUCUAACAGGACUAGAAUCUCCCCAGAAUUAUGGCACGAUACUCUGAGCCUCUUUUGCGACCGAGAUUACGCUGUGCGGAACGACUAUGCCAACGCAUUCAUCUCUUAUUUGAGCAAUGAAGUCCCAAAACGUGGUGAAAACACUGCCAUUCAACGUUUGACAGAAGGCAGCCACGGUCACCAGGCCAGUAGCAUUAAUAUGCUGCUCUUCGGUGACUCCACUACUAGGUCGUUACGUGCUGUUCAUGCCUACCUGUAUACGCUCGCUACUGCGUCUUCUCUGGAGCUCGUUGUCAGUCCAUCACCGUCCCCAGUGUGUUCUGCUUCAGGAGAUGGGCCUGUUAUCAAUAUUCUCCCCACUACUCCCGACACUGGUUCCGGCUUGCAAUUAAAUGGUUCUGACAGCCGUGGCUCUCCACCAACUUCACAGGUAUCUGAACGACGGUCUACAGCGACCACGGCGAGAUCUCGAAAAGCAUCGACCACUCAGCGGUUGCUAGAAAGCACCCCCAGCAUAAUAUCUUCAUCUACCUGUGCAUCGCUUUCAGAUUAUGCACUUAUCCUCCACGUGAUGACUGUAGUGCAAAACCAAACACCAAUUCGUGGGCUUUUGACUGGUCUCCCUAUGGUGCUUGCAUUGCAUGGAGCAACCCAGAUACAGGACGGUGCAGAUGCAGGAAGUGUACAGCGUUCAAAGGUCAUCAGAGAGCUGUUGACACGAGUUUGGCUAGCGAUAGGCCAGGUGUGGGAUUGCAAAGAACUGGUGGAUUUGGCUGAGAAGGCAUUGUCGUGCAUGCCGGAACCCUCAAUGCUGCCGUCUCGUACUCAUGUUGAGGCUGAUAUUCUUUCACUACGAGAACAAGUUCCAUUCCCACCUGUGGAGCCAGACACAAUAGUCACAACGUCGUGGCAAGGUGUAGAUGCUGAGGAAGCCCUUUCUUUGAUCGUGUCUGCACGUGCAACUCAGGAGGCCACUGGACUUGACCGACAGGGCCUUCUUCGCCGAUUUUCAGCCAAGUGGUCCGCGGAGUCCGCUCUCAAGGAUUCUGUCGAACCACAAACUAACAACCGCGCUCACUUGGGAGAAGGGAUUUCGCCUCUGCUGAGGAUUUCGCCUGCUUUCAUGGCCAUUGAUAAUCUCUCUCUUCAAAGCCUUACGCGUUCCGUUCGCGGUGUAGGUGUUACGGACCUGAGGGAGGCUCUCGAGGGGCGCGGCAAUGCUUCCAAUCCAGCCCUUGUCAGGCCACCUUCGGUUUCGACUCUCGAUCAUACCUCAUUUGACCUGGGUGCGAACAGGCUAGCUUUGACUCGAUCUAAGUCGAGAGGCAAGCGACGGGCCGUCACCGCGGGUGCAGGCGAUGUCCGAGAUGUCUUGAAUAAGCUAGGUAUAGGAAAGCAGAAUGGGGCUUCCCUUCUCAAAGCGUCUUUCCCUCCAUAUCGUUCCGAUCAACGGACAUCUCCGAGGUCGCCCCUUCCACCUUAUCAUACCUAAGAUGAUUGUCCAGUCAUUCCCACUUUUCUUCGUACUAUUUUAUUGCCGACAUAAUAUUUAUCGUCUAUCAUCAUCACAUGUAGAUUCUAACUGGAUUUUGCAAUUUUGGACUCAUAGUCACUCACUUCCUUCCGGACCUUUUGCUUUCACUAACAGAUAUGAUCCUUCGUCUCGCUUCUUCCUCCUUUUCUGCCCAAUAAGCUAUCUCUUUUUGUGACUUGGGGUGGGUGCUAAGAUGUGUUCCUUUCUGGAACCAAAAGGUCAGCAGAUGGAAGAAAUAGGAAUCACUUGACAGCCUCACACUUAAACCCUGCAAUAGACCUUCGUAUAUCGUUGAUUGUUUGGUCGCCUUUGCAAUCGAAUCAGCAAUUGCGUCA